AUGGCCUCGGCCCUCACAGCGAGCCCAUACAUCAGCCAGUCACCAGUUUACACACGAUCUCCUCAGCCUCCGCCCUCGCCACCAAUUGACGAGCCGAGCAACCUCCGCACCCUACCUUCCAUUCAAAGUCUAAUCGGAAUGGAUGUACCUCCGCCAAACGAGGAGCAGCAUUUCGAUGCCGAAGGCCAGCCCAUCGAGCAACAACCGCAAGGCGCCGACCAUCAAACAGCAGGCCAUCGACCGCAUACAUACGGUCAACCAACCGUGAGCAAUCCAAAUGCUUCUCCCUCUGCUACAUCUUCGCACUCCUCCACCUCUGGUCCCCAGUAUUUUGGAGGCACGAUUAACAAUCUCGAGCCCCACCAGCAGCGCCAGCCUCCUCCGUCAUCCACGCACCCUGGGCAUUCAACAUCAUCACAAGCAACACAAUCGCCAUACCCGAAUUCGCCUUAUCCCCCUUCGCCAUCAGCAGGAUCGAACUAUUCAUAUCCUUCACCGGCCGUUACAGGAGCACAAACCAUGUACUACCAGCGACCGCUUCCAAACAAUUUUCCGCCGCCCAAUAUUCCAGGUGCCUCCAAUCCUUCAGCUCCGAAUUCUCAAGAUGCAUCUCCAGUAGACCCGAACAACCCCAGCCAAUGGCAACAGCAACAUCAACAUCAUCACUACAUUGCGCCGUCUUCCUCGACCAAUUUUACUGGCCAGUCGCAGGAUCGAUACGUCUGCCAAGUGUGCAACAAAGCUUUCUCUCGACCAUCAAGUUUAAGGAUCCACAGCCACUCGCACACCGGUGAGAAGCCAUUCUUGUGCCCCCACAAAGGAUGUGGUAAAGCUUUCAGCGUGAGAAGCAACAUGAAAAGGCACGAGCGAGGCUGUCACGGCGGCGGAAGCCCCGGGAGCACAUAG